AUGACACAGCAAGCAGUCACGCUGAAGAAACGCGAAGACGGGGUCGGCGUCAUCGUCAUCGACAUCCCGGGCAAGAAACAAAACACCCUCGAAGAACGCUUCAAAGAAGAGUUCCUCGCGGUUCGCGCUGAGAUCGAGCGCUCAGACCUCAAGGCGGUCGUGAUCAUUUCGGCGAAGGAUUCGUCGUUCAUCGCGGGCGCCGACAUCGAAAUGAUCAAGAAGAUCAAGAACGGCGCUCAAGCGACCGAGGGUGCGCAGGAACUACAGCGCGCAUUCGAUGAGUUCGAAGCAUCGAAGAUUCCGUACGUCGCCGCGAUUCACGGCGCUUGUCUCGGUGGCGGCCUCGAGCUCGCGCUGGCCUGCCGCGCGCGUAUCGCGACGGACGACCGCAAGACGAAGCUCGGACUCCCCGAAGUCCAACUCGGACUUUUGCCCGGCGCUGGUGGAACGCAGCGACUCCCGCGGCUUGUCGGCGUCGAGGCCGGACUCGACCUGCUUCUCACCGGUAAACAACUCGACGCGCGUCGCGCUAAGAAGAUUGGGCUGGUUAACGAAGUCGUUCCGCCCGCCAUCCUCGAAGAGGCCGCCGCGAAGCUCGCGUUGUCACUCGCUGAAGAAGAACCGGACCGAUCGAUCGCCGAUCGAUUGACCGACUUCACGGACCCGAAGGCGUUGCGCGAACUUGCGUUGGCGAAGAACCCCGCCGGGCGAAACAUCGUCUUCAGUCAGGCCGAGAAGACACUCGAGAAGAAGGCCGGACCGCACUAUCCCGCGCCGUACAAGAUUCUCGAGGUCGUAAAGUACGGGCUCGAAAAAGGCAUGAAGAAGGGGCUUCAGAAAGAAGCGGAGGCGUUCGGUGAGCUCGUGAUGACCGACGUCUCGCGUCGACUGAUCGAGAUCUUCUUCGCAACGGCCGCACUCAAGAAGGACGACGGCACACGUGCCGGUAACGUGAAGGCGCGCGACGUCUCGAAGAUUGGUGUCCUCGGAAGCGGCAUCAUGGGUCACGGGAUCGCGUACGUGACGAGUGCGCUCGCGGAUAUUCCGGUCGUCAUGAAGGACCGCGACGAUGAAAGCAUCGGCCGAGGUAUGGCCGCAAUUCACGACAUCGUCCACGAUCGCCGAAAGAAGAAACGCAUCACGCGGCAGGUCGCCGACCGUCAGAUGACGAUGGUCGAAGGCGUGACCGAUUACAGCGGCUUCGAUGGAUGUCAGGUUGUGAUCGAAGCGGUCUUCGAAGACCUCGGCGUUAAGCACAAGGUUCUGAAGGAGGUCGAAGAGGCGGUCGGGACCGACGUCAUCUUCGCGUCGAACACCUCGUCGAUUCCGAUUACCAAAAUCGCCGAAGGUGCAUCACGACCCGAGAACGUGAUCGGGAUGCACUACUUCUCACCGGUACACAAAAUGCCGCUGCUCGAAGUGAUUCGUACGAAGCACACGAGUGACGAAGCGAUUGCGACGAUCGUUGAGAUCGGUAAGCGGCAGAAGAAAACGGUCAUCGUCGUGAACGACGGCGCGGGCUUUUACACCUCGCGCAUUCUCGGCCCGUACAUGAACGAGGCCGCCUGGCUCAUCGCGGAAGGUGUUCCGGUCGAGCUGGUGGACAAAGCAUCGAAGGCCUGGGGCUUCCCGGUCGGACCGAUCACGCUGCUCGACGAAGUCGGUAUCGAUACCGCCGCUAAAGUCUCGAAAGUUUCGUUGGCCGCCUUCGGGGACAGAAUCGAAUCCCCCGGAAAUCUCGAUCGCCUCGUUGCGGACGGCCGCACCGGUCGCAAGGGCAAGAAGGGCUUCUACGUUUACGGCGGAAAGAAGGGGAAAAAGAAGGAGGUCGAUGAGACCGUCUACGAGGUCCUCGGCAUCAAGCCCGACAAGAAGAAACGCUACGACCUCGCUGCACUCGGAGAGCGCAUGGCCCUGCAAAUGGUCGCGGAAGCGAUUCGUUGCUUCGAGGAAGAAGUUCUUCGAUCCCCGCGCGACGGUGACAUCGGUGCGAUCUUCGGCCUGGGCUUUCCGCCCUUCCGGGGCGGCCCGUUCCGCUUCGCGGACGCGAUCGGUCCGGCUGAAUUACUGCGUCGUUUGAAACUUCUUCAGGAGGCCCACGGCAAGCGUUUUGCGCCGCCGGCAUUGCUUGAAGAGCGUUCCAAACCCACGACGCCCCCCGCGCCGACGGCGACCCGCGAUGCCAAGACGACAACGACCUCAUCGAUCUCCGUCAAACGCGGACCGGCGUGGACGCUGGACCUCAAGCGCUUUUCGCCGCCGAACGUUCCCGAUGACCUGACGUUUCACGGAUGGUCCGCCGAUGGGCGACGCUUUGCGUUCGAACGAUACGUCGCGGCGGUGGCGGCCGACUGCGAAGACCGUUUCCAUCUCUACGUCGUCGAUGCCGCAACCGAUCGAUUCGCGACCGGCGGGAUCUUCGAACUGGUCCGUGACCGCGUGGAGGGCGACGAAAACGGCAAGUGUGAACCGGCGGAUCUCAAACCAGUGAUGGCGGAGCGGCGCACCGAAAUCUUGAACCGCCACGGGAUCGUGACGGGCAACUUGUCCGCGCCAAUCCGGCUCACGAAACGCGGGGCAUCUUGGACCGCGCGUUUCGGGGACGGUCGAACCUCGACGUUCGUUUUCGAGAUUAAGAACCAGACCGACGAUCCGUACGGGCCGGAGGCCGAGAAAGGCGCCGGCUACGCACUCGCGAUCGACGGACGAAAGAUUGAAGACGGUACGCGACGUCGUAAGGGUGUCAUGCGCUACGGAAUGGACGAGGCGAUGGUUUUCGAGAGCCCUGACGGUCGACACGCCGCGCUGAUUCUUGAACGCUUCGUGCGCGGCUUCGAAGGUGGGCGCGCGUCCUGGAUGGCGAACGGAUUCACGCGUUAG